AUGGAGGCAAUUCCCCGAAAGGUUUGCAUUGGCACUGGCGUUCUCAUGCUUCCUUUUUCAACUCCAAGCAUGGAUGCCAAGCAUGAUCAAUCUGCAAUUCUGCCUUCGGCGACGAGGAUGUACGAAUGCAAGAAAUGCCAUUGCUGGUUUCGUUCGUUUCAUGCAUUGUGUGGCCAUAGUAGUCGAUGCAAGAUGCAGAGCUCUGACAUUGGUGGGCUUGCAGUUCAGAAGCGCCCGGUCACAGUGGGCUGCCAUGAGUGCUCUAUUUGCGGAAGGUGUUUCCUGACUGGUCAGGCUCUGGGUGGACAUAUGACCUUGCACAUGCGAACGACCAACAAUGUGGGCAGAAAGAAGCCUCUUAAUAUUGACCUUAACCUACCUCCACCUGCUGAUGAUCAUAAAGAAGAAGAAUCAGACGUCAAAUGGCAGAAGAAGAUGCGCUGCUAG